CAGGUGUAAGCUUAAUAAGCUGCGGCUUAUAGAAGAGAAAAAAAUUGAACAAUAAAGAAAAAGAGUGUCCACAAAACAUUAAUAAUAUUACAUUUUCUGCAUCGUAUCCAGUUCAUAUUAUUGGAAAAAUACGAAAAUGAGUGAAACGAGUGAUGUAUCAAGUGAUCAAGAGAAAGAAUUAAGAAGACGAAAUGUGAAUUUAGGAUCUGGCGAUUAUUCAGAUUCUGUAAUUAAUAAAGCAACAUUAGAUGAGAAUAAAGCAAAUGCAGAUGAUUCAGACAGAGAUAUAUAUGUUGAAAAUCAGAUAGUUGAUUCUGAUCAAAUUGACUCCGAAGAAGAGAAAACGCCUGAUGAUAAAUAUGAGAAAGAUUUGUCAAAGAAACAUCCGCAAGGAACUGAUAAGAGACCUGAAGUUCUAAACUCGGCACUUAAAGGUCUCCCUGACAGAUGGAAGAAUUGGGUGAUUCGGGGAAUUUUCACAUUCAUUAUGAUCUCAGGUUUCUGUAUGAUGAUUGCCGGUGGACCGCUUGCAUUGAUGAUUACUACACUUGCCGUACAAGUAAAAUGCUUCUCAGAGAUCAUUGGAAUUGGAUAUCAAGUUUAUCGAAUUCAUGGCUUACCGUGGUUCAGAAGCCUCUCGUGGUACUUCCUAGUCACAUCAAAUUAUUUCUUCUAUGGAGAAAAUCUCUUCGACUAUUUGGGAGUCUUAUUUAGUCGCGUUGAGUCUUUACGCUUCCUAAUUACUUAUCAUCGCUUCAUUUCAUUCUGUCUGUACUGCAUUGGCUUUGUUUGGUUUGUCUUGUCAUUAGUUAAGAAAUAUUAUAUGAAGCAAUUCAGCUUGUUUGCUUGGACACAUGUUGCUCUCCUUAUUGUCGUCACGCAAAGCUACUUGAUCAUUCAGAAUAUAUUUGAAGGAAUGAUUUGGUUUGUCGUCCCUGUCAUGAUGAUUGUUUGUAAUGAUGUUAUGGCUUAUAUGUUUGGAUUUUUCUUUGGCAAAACGCCACUCAUCAAAUUGAGUCCAAAAAAGACAUGGGAAGGCUUCAUCGGUGGUGGAUUUGCGACAGUGAUUUUCGGUGUCGUAUUCUCUUACUUUCUAUGUCGAUUCCAAUACUUUGUAUGUCCGAUUGAGUAUUCGGAAACGGCUGGAAAAAUUGUACUCGAAUGUGAGCCAAGCUAUUUGUUCAGACCACAAGAAUAUGGAAUUCGUAUCGGAAAAGCUGAGACAGUCUUUACUAUGUAUCCAUUUGCGAUACAUUCCUUAUCAUUGAGCAUCUUCAGUUCCGUGAUUGGACCAUUUGGUGGCUUCUUUGCAUCAGGAUUUAAACGUGCAUUUAAAAUCAAGGAUUUUGGAGAUAUGAUUCCUGGCCAUGGCGGUAUAAUGGACAGAUUUGAUUGUCAAUUCUUGAUGGCUACAUUCGUGAAUGUCUACAUUUCAAGCUUUAUUCGCACUGCAUCACCACAAAAGUUAUUGGCACAGUUCGAUUGGAUUUUAAGGGCAGUGGAUUUAAAUGAUAGUGAUGUUAGGUUGGGUGUUAAGAGCAACUAUGAUGAUAGAAAUGACAUCAUUAAUCAACAACCUGAACUCAAUAACCCAGAUAUCAGUACUGCCAGACAGAUUAUUUGUCAAGUUAAAUGGAAAGGAUUUUCUCACAACUCAAGUGCUGACUUAUUCCAAUUAUCAACUCUUUAA